GCUCUUUCCACCCACCACCUUCAUUGGUCUGAGGGUCUGAGAAUCUUCGUGACUCCGCUCCUAACCCUCAGCCAUCCACCAUCCACUCUCCCCCCGCCAACCUUCCACAAAAAAUGGCAACCAACAAGAACGGAGGGGUCACCUCGUCUGGUAUCGCCACCAACGAAGCCACCGGAGAGCGCUUCAUCCCCUCCUCAACCCGUGCAGACGGGUCCAAGCGUCGCGAGAUCCGCGUCCGACCGGGCUACCGUCCCCCCGAGGAUGUCGAACUCUACAAGAACCGCGCGGCCGAAGCCUGGAAGAACCGCGGCAAGACCGGCGGCGGUGUGCCGGGCGCCGAAGGCCUCAAGCCGGUCGAGGAUCCCGACGCCAACAAACCGGGCACCGCAGCCAGCAACAAGAACGCCAAACGUCGAGAGGCGCGGAAGAAGGCCAAGGCCACCCAGGAUGCACCAGGCGCAGCCAAGGACCUGACGCAGAUUGACAACUGGCGCACUGCUGCGGCGGCACCCAACGGCGGCGCGAAGAAGGAAGCGGAGGGCAAGCCGACCGAGGAGCAGGCGCUGGAUCCCGAAGCGGAGAAUGAGAAGAAGGCCCGCAACUUGAAGAAGAAGUUGAGGCAGGCCCGCGAUCUGCGCGACAAGAAGAACCAAGGCGAGGCUCUGCUCCCCGAACAGCUCGAAAAGGUCAUCAAGAUCCAGGAACUCGUUCGCCAGCUCGAUGCGCUGGGCUUUGAUGCCAAUGGGGACAAGAAAGACGCUUCUGCAGAAGAGAAGGGCGCGGAAAGUGAGAAGGUCUGAAGGACGCUUUAUGGCGAUUGAUGUUAUCAGACUCACCAGACCUCGACACGUUGAGCUACUUGUCACCAAGUACCACGAUCGCGGUGCAUACCUCCGAAUGAGGGACCCAUAAGAGUUGUCUAUGGCCGCCUUCCACAAAUGCCGAUGUGGCGUCACACUGCAGCUGAACCAAACUCAAGCUUGACCGAUGUCCGCUCUGCCGACUCCUCGCUUGGGAGUGUGAGGAUCAUACCAUCACGGAAUUUCCUCCGGGCUCGUCGGCUUGCAUGAACAAUCUCCCACGGCUUUUCGAGACAGACAUCGCUCUCGCGGAUGAUCACUGCUCAUGUCGGUCCCGGGGGGAGCUGCACGAUGUAUUAUUACAAAGCAUAUCUAGUCCCUACCGUCCCCGUUCACAUCUUGUAUCCAAAUUGAACUUGCUGGUCUGUUUACCGGAAGUCUAUAUACCUCCACAUGAGC